UCAGUGGCGCCAACAUGAGGGGUCCUUCCGCCGUUCACACGGAAACCGACGGUAAUGACCGAUGUUUGUUAUGCUACAACUAGCAGUAUGCCUGCUGAACGCAAGCGCUCAGUAAACAUGGACGAGAAAGACGUUUGCAGCUUCAGCAACAAGGACAAAGAGAAGGACAGAGACGGUGACAGACGACCAGCGUCCGCCCGGGACAAAGCAAAGGACGAGGCCAAGAUGAGCGGGAAAAAAGACGGCGGCAAGGAGGAGAAGAGGAAGCGUCUGGAGGAGGAGAAGAAGAAGAAGGAGGAAAAGGAGCGGAGAAAGAAAGAGGAGGAGAAACAGAAAGCGGAGGAGGAGCAGAAGAAGAAAGAGGAGGAGGAGAAGAGACAGCAGGAGGAGCAGGAGAGGAAGCUACAGGAGGAGGAGUCCAAGAGACAACGUGAGGAGGAGGCAGCUCUCCUCAAGGAAAAGGAGGAGGGGCAUCAGCUGCACCAGGAGGCCUGGGAACGCCAUCAGUGCAGGAAGGACCUCCGCAGUAAGAACCAGAACGCCCAGGAGGGUCGCCCCGAGGAGGCCUUCUUCAGCCGACUGGACUCCAGCCUUAAAAAGAACACCGCCUUCGUGAAGAAGCUGCGCACGCUCACCGAACAGCAGCGAGACUCGCUCUCCAAUGACUUCGCCUCGCUGAACCUCAGCAAGUACAUCGGCGAGGCCGUGAGCUCCGUGGUGGAGGCCAAGCUGAAGAUCUCUGACGUGGGCUGCGCCGUCCACCUGUGCUCCCUCUUCCACCAGCGCUACGCCGAGUUCGCUCCGUUACUCCUCCAGGCGUGGAAGAAGCACUUUGAAGCAAGGAAGGAGGACAAGGCGCCCAACGUGAGCAAGCUGCGUACAGACCUGCGCUUCAUAGCUGAGCUCACCAUCGUCGGCCUGUUCACGGACAAAGAGGGGCUCUCGCUCAUUUACGAGCAGCUGAAGAACAUUAUCGGGACCGACAGGGAGACGCACACACACGUGUCGGUGGUGAUCAGCUUCUGUAAGCACUGUGGGGACGACAUCGCCGGUCUGCUGCCCCGAAAGGUGAAACUGGCAGCUGAGAAGUUCGGCCUGAGCUUCCCUCCGAGCGAGAUCAUCAGCACGGAGAAACAGCAGCCCUUCCAGAACCUUCUGAGGGAGUACUUCACCUCUCUCACCAAACACCUGAAGAAGGACCACCGGGAGCUGCAGAACACCGAGAGGCAGAACAGGCGUAUCCUACAUUCCAAAGGGGAGCUGAGUGAGGACAGACACAAGCAGUAUGAAGAGUUUGCCACUUCCUACCAGAAGCUGCUGGCCAACACUCAGUCUCUGGCCGAUCUGCUGGAUGAGAACAUGCCAGAGCUUCCUCAGGACAAGACGGUGCAGGAGGAGCACGGCCCCGGCAUUGACAUCUUCACUCCUGGUAAGCCUGGAGAGUACGACCUGGAAGGAGGGAUCUGGGAGGACGAAGACGCUCGAAACUUCUAUGAGAACUUGGUGGACCUGAAGGCGUUCGUCCCUGCCAUCCUCUUCAAAGACAACGAGAAGAGUGGCCAGGGCAAAGACAAGGAGGACGGCAAAGACGGCAGAGAGGGGAAGGACUUGGCCAGCACCACAGAGGAGCUGGAGCUGGAGCUGGAGGCUCUGGACAUCACAGACGAACCUCUGGAACUGGAGGGACCAGAUGAGGCAGAGAACGAAGAACUGGCCAAGAAGCUGCUGGAUGAGCAAGAACAAGAGGAUGAAGAGGCGAACACAGGGUCCCACCUGAAGCUGAUCGUGGACGCCUUCAUCCAGCAGCUGCCCAACUGUGUCAACAGAGACCUCAUAGACAAGGCCGCCAUGGACUUCUGCAUGAACAUGAACACCAAGUCUAACAGGAGGAAGCUGGUCCGAGCGCUCUUCACUGUCCCCAGGCAGAGGUUGGAUCUUCUGCCCUUCUAUUCUCGCCUGGUGGCGACUCUUCAUCCCUGCAUGUCAGACGUGGCUGAAGAUCUCUGCUCCAUGCUGAAGGGAGACUUCAGGUUUCAUAUUCGGAAGAAGGACCAGAUCAACAUCGAGACCAAAAACAAAACAGUCAGAUUUAUCGGGGAACUGGCCAAGUUCAAGAUGUUCUCAAAAACCGACACGCUUCAGUGUCUCAAGAUGCUGCUGUCUGAUUUCACCCAUCACCAUAUCGAGAUGGCGUGCACACUGCUGGAGACCUGCGGCCGCUUCCUCUUCAGAUCCCCCGACUCUCACCUGCGGACCAGCGUCCUGCUGGAGCAAAUGAUGCGUAAAAAGCAGGCGCAGCAUCUGGACGCCCGCUACGUGACGAUGGUGGAGAACGCAUACUACUACUGCAACCCGCCGCCCAUGGAGAAGACAGUGAAGAAGAAGAGGCCCCCGCUGCAGGAGUACAUCCGCAAGCUGCUCUACAAGGACCUGUCCAAGGUCACCACGGAGAAGGUGCUGAGGCAGAUGCGUAAGCUGCCCUGGCAGGACCCCGAGGUGAAGAGCUACCUCAUCUGCUGCAUGGUCAACAUCUGGAACGUCAAGUACAACAGCAUCCACUGUGUGGCCAACCUGCUGGCCGGCCUGGUGGCCUACCAGGAGGACGUGGGCAUCCACGUGGUGGACGGAGUGCUGGAGGACAUCCGGCUGGGGAUGGAGGUCAACCAGCCCAAGUUCAACCAGCGGCGGAUCAGCAGCGCCAAGUUCCUGGGCGAGCUCUACAACUACCGCAUGGUGGAGUCAGCCGUCAUCUUCCGCACCCUCUUCUCCUUCAUCUCCUUCGGGAUCAAUCAGGACGGCAGCCCCAGCGUGCUGGACCCUCCAGAGCACCUGUUCCGCAUCCGCCUGGUGUGCACGCUGCUCGACACCUGCGGCCAGUACUUUGACCGAGGCUCCAGCAAGAGGAAGCUGGACUGUUUCCUCAUCUACUUUCAGCGUUACAUCUGGUGGAAGAAGAGCAUCGAUGUUUGGACCAAAGACCACCCGUUCCCCAUCGACAUCGACUACAUGAUCAGCGACACCCUAGAGCUGCUGCGGCCCAAGAUGAGGCUCAGCUGCUCCCUGGAGGAGGCCACCAAACAGGUCGCUGACCUGGAGAGGGAGGUGCUCGUCAAACUAGGUCUGGCCAUGGAAAAGGACGGUCGCUCCAGUGCCAUGAGCGAAGGGGAGGUGCUCGACGAGGAAGACGACGACGGGGAUGACGACGAGGAGGGUGGCGCUGAGACCGAGGAGCAGUCGGGCAACGAGAGUGAAAUGAAUGAACAGGAAGAGGAUGAAGGGUCAGAGAACGAAGAAGAGGAGAGAGAGGAAGAGGAGGAGGAGAACACGGACUACCUGACUGACUCCAACAAAGAAAACGAGACUGACGAGGAGAACAAUGAGGUCACCAUCCGCGGCGGAGGACUGAAGCACGUGGCGUGUGCUGAGGACGAGGACUUCAUUCAGGCUCUGGAUAAGAUGAUGCUGGAGAACCUGCAGCAGCGCAGCGGUGAGACGGUGAAGGUGCACCAGCUGGACGUGGCCAUUCCUCUGCAGCUGAAGAGUCAGCUGAAGAAAGGCGGCUCCAGAGAGCCGUGCAUCGGGGAGGCGGAGUCGGACAUCUCCGACACCAUGCAGUUCGUCAUGCUGACACGCAAAGGCAACAAGCAGCAGUAUAAGAUCCUGAACGUGCCGCUGUCCUCCCACCUGGCAGCCAACCACUUCAACCAGCAGCAGGCGGAGCAGGAGGAGCGCAUGAGGAUGAAGAAACUCACCCUGGACAUCAACGAGAGGCAGGAGCAGGAGGACUACCAGGAGAUGAUGCAGUCCCUCGCUCAGCGCCCGGCUCCGGCCAACACCAACCGGGAGCGCCGGCCUCGCUACCAGCACCCGAAAGGCGCUCCCAACGCCGACCUCAUCUUCAAGACCGGAGGAAGGAGACGCUGAUCGGAGUUCUGGGUCCGGGCUGAACGAGCGAGCAAGAGAGCGAAUGAACAAGCGUGAGAGAGAGAGACGAUCGGAAGGGACAGCGGUCCAAACGGGGGACGAGUCCUGAAGCGGGGACAGACAAAGCCCUGACCUGAACACACACUGCUCCCCCCCUGCUGAGGGAGGAGAGACACACUGGGGUCAGAGGUCAGGGUCAGACAGACGGCUCUCUUUUCUUUUUGUCUGUUGCCUGGGAGACGACAAAACAAACUGGAUCAGAACUACGAUGACUCAACACGUGAGCGUCCGACCGGACGGCGAGACGGGACAGAAUGAAGGGGCGGGACGAAGGGACGGAUGGAUCGCUUCCUGCCGUCACCAGGUGGAGGAAACGUGACUCAUAAUUAGGAGUUAGAAACCUGCGAGUGGAAAAACAUUAAACCAGACGUAGUGAGGGGAACUUCCUGUUGUUUGUUUGUUUGUUUUGGAACUUUCAAAAUAAAAGCGGGAACACUGCAGCGUGGCGUCCAGGCGGCGCUGAGGAGGAGACGAAGGGCGGGACGGACAGUUGACACUGGUUCAUAAACUGGUCGCCCAGUGACGUGGAGGUGUUUCGUACACGAAUGAUGUGACUGAGGAGAUGAAGAGUGUCCGAUGGUUUCAGACUCGUGCUCUGGAGGUUUGUUUGUGUCACUGACGGUUUCUGGUCCUCACUUCCUGUUAACUGAUUCAUGACACACAUGUUUUACUGUCCUACACCUCUUCUGAUCAGCAGAUCACAAUUUGGUAACCUUUUUUUAACUGAUCUGCAAUUUCCAGCGUUAAUUCUUCCAGAGAAGAAGAAACAUUUUGUACUUGUAGCCGCUCCAGUGUUUUUCUGUUUUAUAUUAUUUCUAAGUGGAAUAUUUUCGACUUUUGGACGGUUGGUUGAACCCCCCCCAAAAAACAUGAAAACUUCACUUCACGCUCAGCAAAAUUUGGAUUUUUUACUUUUCUUUUGACAGUUUAUAGACCAUAUGAAUAACUGAGAAAAUAAUCUGAUUAAUACAAAGUUAAAAUGAUCAUUAGCUGCAGUUGCUGAUUUCUGAAGUCAACUGACGGGUAAAUUCACAAAGAAUGGAUCGCGUCCACUGAUGUCACCGUGAAUGUGCAUCACAGGAUUCAGAUCUAAUUUGGAACCAGGUUUUGGUUCCCGACCCCUCGUCAUGAUGCACAUCGGUAUCAUGUUGCUCACGUUAUAUGUCGGUAACAGCAGCCCUCCAUCCAGCGAAGCUUUAAAGGAACAGUUUAAAUAUUUGGGGAAACACACUUAUUCAUUAUCUGGCGGAGACGUAGACGAUCAGAUUGACACCACUCUCAUGUUUGUGCAGUGAACAUGCAGCUACAUGCAGCAGCUGGUUAGCGUAGCUUAGCUCAAAGACUGGAAGCAAAUAGAAACAGUUAGCCUGGCUUCAUUUCAGAGACGACGAAAUCAAGAAUGUUGUCAGUAUGCAAAAAUAAUUAAAUUGGAACUGCAUCAUUCUUGAACUGUGUUGUAUUAAAGGGAUAGUGCACCCAAAAAUGAAAAUUCAGCCAUUAUCUACUCACCCAUA